AACAUCCGAUGCCGAGAGAGUUUCUUGCCAACGGCUCAAGCAUCGUUCAUAUCAUUGAUUUUACGGGACGUUAUUUGGCUUCCUCAGCAACAAAGAGAAUAAACCGGCAAUUCAGGAAUAAUCCUAUUCCUUGUGCCACUAGACUUAGAGAGGCAGGAGUGAAAUUUAAAAGCGUUACGUCAAGAAAUAUCUUCGAUGUACGCUUCGACAAGAAUGAGUGUGCUCUUGAAAUCCCAUCUUUGGUGAUACAUCCAGCCAUGGAAACAAUAUUUCGGAACCUCAUUAUCUUCGGGCAAAGUAGCCUUUGGAAUCAGUGGGCUCCUGAUGUGAUAAUAAGCUACAUAAUGCUUCUAGAUACCCUGGUGGACGGUACUGAUGAUGUGGCUUUACUAUGCAGAUCACACAUUUUUAGUAAUACUAACUGGUUGAACCAUAAGGAGGUGGUUAACCUCUUCAAGACCCUUUGCGGCGGAGCUUACACGGAUGAGUUCCAUUAUGCUGACCUUUACGACGAACUAGACAGUUAUUGCAAUAGAUUGUCAACAAAAUGGCGAGUUUAUCUCAUCGACAACUAUUUUACGAAGCCAUGGGCUAUAGUGUCUGUAAUUUUUGCCAACAUUGUCCUGGUUUUCACCAUCAUGCAGGUCUUCUAUAAGUAGGAGAUUAUGCGUUUUUAGAUUUGUCAUGUCAGUGCCUGGUUAUUGCUCUAAUAUAUUCUUUUUCUUUUGCAUGUACUCUUUUGAUUUAUGUUGUAUCUUUUGCUCAGUUGCUUCAAUAAAAUAUCAUUUUCGAA